AUGACCAGCCAUGAUAUCACAUCAUCCUCAUCGGAUAUCGAGAAAGCAACCACCACUAUAGACGAUAAUGAUACAAUGACACAGGAUCCAUUACACACUACCCCGUCAACUAAGCCAACUACUUCACCAUGGCAACGACUUAUACCGCGUAUCCUUGCUUUCAUUGUCAUUGGAUUGGUCUCGCUCAUGCUGUCAUUGACAUUGGCACGGCAUGUACUCGGCAUUGAACUUCCCCAUACACUUGAAGAUGUGAAGAAUACAGCAACCCACCUCGAAGAUAUGGCAAGCACAACCUGGGCCGAGUCCCUCAAAGUAGCAAGCGUAUUUGCUGCAUUGUACCUAUGGCAACAAGCAUUUUCUAUGCCUGGCUCAGUGCUGUUCAAUCUACUUUCUGGGCAUUUGUAUGGUAUCCUUGUGGGCACCUUAUGGACGAGUUUCUUGACAGCCCUAGGUGCGACGUUGGCCUAUGGAUUAGCAAUGUUGGUGGCAGAACCGUUUCUCGAGUUGAAUUGGGUAUCUCGGAAGGCUGCAGCCAUGACUCGGCAGAUGCGGCGAGAACAAUCGGUUGGCCUAUUUUGGUGGUUACUCUUUGUCCGCUUGUUUCCCUUUACCCCUUAUUGGUUCAUCAACAUGGUAUCCCCCUUCUUGAAUAUCCCCAUUGCCCCGUUCUUUUGGUCAACCUUUCUGGGAUCGAUGCCGUACAACUUUAUUUGUGCACAAGCGGGUGCGGUGUUGGGCGAACUGAGUUCGACAGCGGAUAUAUUCUCCGUUGGCCUGGUCAUCAAGUUGCUACUUGUAUCACUCAUCUCUCUGGUGCCUGUCGUGUGGGGAAAGAAAAUCAAACGCAUUGCAGCACGUUAUCUCGGUAGACCAUCGAUGAAUGACGACGAGGAAAAAGAGGACGAUGACAUGGAAAUGGCUGAAGCAACCGCCACAACAUCUACAUCACCCUAUACACGCAUCCCCAACACUGUACAAUAA